AUGGGGUUGGACGAAGAUGAAGUGUUGAAACAUAAUAAACCUAAUGACGCUUGGGUAACCUAUAAAGGAAGAGUCCUUAACAUAACUUCAUUUCUUAGCGAUCACCCUGGUGGCUCUGAAAUCAUAGAGCCUUAUUUAGGAAAAGACAUCACAAAGCAAUUCGACGAAAAUGACCACUCUGAAAACGCAAUCAAAAUGACAAAAAACAUGGAAGUUGGAAACCUCACGAAACCUUCAAAACCAGAAGAAAAUUUAACUAUUGACCCAACCCGAGGUCUUGUUUACCAAGUCUUCACCAAACUAAAUCUUAAGGCAUACCAAGACUUUGUCAAUGAUCCAAAGCACACAAAAACAAAUGUUAGAGUUUUUGAUUCGCCGAUUUUAGAACCUUUUUCUAAAACCCCUUGGUACGCAAUUCCAAUUUUUUGGAUUCCUGUCAUGCUAUUUUAUGCCUAUUGUGGUUUAAAACUUGGAAUUAUUUCUUUUGUUUGUCUAUUUUUAUUAGGAGUGGUGUGGUGGACCAUAUUUGAAUAUUCACUUCAUCGAUUUGUAUUUCACAGUGAAAAAUACUUACCGGACAACCCUUAUUGGAUUGUAUUUCAUUUCUUAUCACAUGGGAUACAUCAUGCUUAUCCUAUGGAUAAUCUAAGAUUAGUUUUUCCAAUAGCCUUAGGUGUUAUAUAGAAAUUUCCCAUAGAUGGCGCAGUUUGCCCUUGAUUUGCCCACUGGGAAAAUUUUUUGGUUCGGCCAGUACCAUAUUGUUUGGUCAAACCAAAAAAUUUUUUCAGUGGGUAAACAAGGGCAAACAGCGCCAUCUAUGGGAAAAUUCCUUACUAGUAAUUGUGCUUAAAGCAGGAAUAUACAACAAUUUAAUGCCAGUUGCAGUUGCAGAUGCAUUUGCUGCAGGGAAAUUAAUGGGGUAUAUGUAUUAUGACCUAUUUCAUUAUUAUUCACAUCACAGCCGACCGCAUAUUAAAUAUUUUAGCUUUAUGAAGACUUAUCAUAUGGCACACCAUUAUAAAGACCCAUUAAAAGGCUUUGGAGUUUCUAAUCAUUUUUGGGAUAUUGUUUUUGGGACUUUACUUCCAGUUACUUAUAGGCCGACAUCACUGGAUUAA